UGGAUGACGUCACGCGUUGUACUAUUCUCUGUUGGGUGUAGUUCGGUUAUAAUUUGGAGUAGUCAUGUCAGGGUGUUGUCCGUGAUCAACUGACUGUAAAGAGAUAUUUGAAGGGAAAAUGGGGCUGGGACACUACGUGAUACUAAUAUCUUUGUGCAGUUUUGUUUUGCCUCAUAUUUAUGGCCAGCGAUAUAGGCAACAAGAAAGACUCAACAACACAGUCAUAUGGUGUACAGUUUCCGAAGGUGAACAGAAUAAGUGCAAAGCCUUUUCCAGGGCGAUUGAUCGGGAGAUAGCGUCCUUUGGCUUUAGCUACUUUUCGAUACAAUGCAAGCAAGCAUUCAACAAGGAAGAAUGUAUGGCUAUGCUAGAUCAUGAAAAGGCCCAGAUAACAACAUUAGAUGCCGGAGAGGUCUUUGUAGCUGGACGAUACCAUAGUCUUGUACCAAUAAUGCAGGAGAUACAUGAAAACCAUGUGAAUUAUCAAUAUGCUGUUGCAGUGAUUAAGAAAGGAUCUCUGUCAGAUGUACAAAGUUUACAUGAUCUUAGACACAGGAAGGCCUGCUUUGCUGGCGUCGGAACAUUAGCGGGUUGGGUUAUUCCAAUUAAUACUCUUAUGCAACAUGGGGGAAUGGAAGUUAUUGAUUGUAACAAUCAUGUAAAGUCGACAAUUAAAUAUUUUGGUCCUAGCUGUGCAAUACACUCUUUAAUUGACAAAUAUAAUCCGCUUGGUGAUAAUUCUGAUCAUUUGUGUAGCUUGUGCAUUGGAAAGGUACCUGGUGGCAAAUGCACUUAUCAAGAUCCUUAUGCAGGAUAUGAGGGGGCUUUUCGAUGUUUGGUCGAAGCAGGCGAAAUUGCCUUCCUGGUGCACACGACUGUACACGAGAUGACUUCAACGACAUUUGACUUUAUUUCCGUUAAGAAGGAGCAAUUCGAACUUCUCUGCAAGGACGGUACUCGCAGAUCCGUGGACGAGUACAGGACCUGUAAUUGGGGUACCGUGCCAUCACGCGCGAUAGUCACAUCUUCGGCGACGAAUUUCGAGAUUCGUCGAAUGUACCAAAAAUUUCUGGAGAAAGCGGCUCGAAUAUUCCACAAUAACAGAAAUAACACGACGAACUUGAAUCGUUUUAACGAUAACCAGAGGAAUUAUGAAAGUCGUCCGGACAAUAACAGAUUUGGGGAGGACGAUUUUAAUAGGAACGGCGUUAACAAUCCGAACGAAUAUAACACGGACAAUUGGGAUCGCAAUGGAUACGAUCGAAGUUUCAGUGGCAACAAUGGAUUCAACUCGUGGGAGAAAUCUCCAAUUAAUGAUACGUUCGAUUAUAGAGAUCACACCGAAUCUACUGUACAGCCGAUAGAAGUGUUCGAUUUGUACGAGUCGGCACCUAGAUAUGGAAUGAAACAUAAUUUAAUAUUUUCAGAUUCCGCUCGCGAUUUCAUACAACUCCCUGAGAAAGAUCAAACAUAUACGGGAUAUUUGGGAAGAUCCAUAGAUCAUAUAUUAGGAGUGCGCCAUUGCCCUGUAAAUCGAAUGUCGUUAUGCGUUACGUCCGACCCGGAAAUGGAGAAAUGUGUGAAAAUGAAGAUUGCUUUAAAAGCUCAGCUGCUGAAGCCAGAAUUACUCUGUCAUAAAGGCCACAGCCAAAUCAAUUGUAUGCAAUUGAUACAAAACGGGAUUGCUGAUGUAGCUAUAUUGGACGCCAGCGAUGUUUAUACCGCUGGAUUACGUUUCAAUCUGAUCCCGUUUAUAUCCGAGGUGUAUAAUCUUGGCACACCGGACUAUUACGUCGUCGCCGUCGCUAAAGAAGAGGACGAUAGCACAGAUCUGACGUAUCUGAAAAAUAAAUAUACUUGUCACACCGGGAUUAACACCGCCGCGGGCUGGGUCUAUCCACUGGCCUACCUUAUCUCUAAUAAAUGGAUCAGGGGCUACGGUUGCGAUUCUGUACGCGCCGCCGCUGAAUACUUCAGUAAAUCCUGCGUGCCAGGCGCACUUAGUACCGAGUAUAAUAUAGGCGUGCCUUACGAUAAUAUGUGCGAUUUAUGUCACGGAGUCAGCUAUCGGUAUUGCCGAAGAGACGCCUCCGAGGAUUAUUUCGGAUACACGGGCGCCUUCAGGUGUCUGGUGGAAGGCGGCGGAGAUGUAGCUUUUGUCAAACACACGACAGUCGCGGAGAACACUGACGGCAAGCGCAGGGAAUUUUGGGCGCGCAACACCUUCACCAAGGACUUCGAGUUGCUCUGUCCAGACGGCACGCGCCGGCCGACUAAAGAUUACGAGAACUGUAACAUGGGCAAGGUCGCCGCUAACGCUAUAGUCACGCGUGGCGGUUACGGCUACAACGAGACGCAGAUUAACGCUUAUAUAAAUCUGUUCAUAUACGCGCAACAGUUUUACGGCCGAAAAGAGCAGGACGAGUUCAGCUUCAGCAUGUUCUACAGCCCGCCCCCUUACAGCGAUCUCAUUUUUCAGGACGCCACUCAACAGUUAAUAAUCAUACCGCCGGAGAAGCGAGAAUAUAGUAUGUACCUCGGGCCAGAUUUUAUGAGAGCUAGGAGAAUUGUGGAUUGUAACGCUGGCGCGUCAGCCAUAAGCUACUCAUUGCUUGCUACGAUAAUUAUGAUAGCAUUCACUUUCACAUUCGGUAGAUAAGUGUCACUAUAGCAAUACGAUUUAACAUCUUCUUUCGAAGCAAUACGAGAACGGAUCCCAGGAAGUAUCGAAUAGUUGGAUGAUGGGACCUUCUAAAAAAAGCGAUAUGAUUUACUUACUUUUAUAUGAAUAAUUUACAUUGAAAGAUUACAAAAAAAAACAGAGAUUUGAUAGGAUAGAAUUUUAUUAUUGUCAAAUGUAUAUUUUAUCGUUACAACGUAAAUUUAUAUGGAUAAAUUUAUUCUGAAUAUCAUUUUAUAAAUAUUUUACACGUCUAUUUAACAGUACAAAUGGCUAAGAGGUAGAGUUAGAUAUAUUAAUAAAUUUCAUGGCUGCCUUUGCGUCCGUUCAACGGAACCUUAUCUCUAAAUGUUUCCGUCCAAAUAGAGAAAUUUAACGAUCUGUUAAUCUUAAGGAUCAUUGUAUAUUUAAUAAUUUGAUAUAUAUAUAUUGUAUAUUUUAUAUACCGUCCACACACAUUAACAUUUUUAUAGAAAUAAAUCUUUAUAAAGUCUCCA